AUGACAGUGCAAACAAAGACCGAGGACUGUCCUGUUUGUCAAUCGUCAGACGACGCAGGUCCCGGAUCUGAUCUCGUCUAUGGCUGGAUUGGCUGCGAGUUGUGCCAACGAUGGUUCCAUCCAUCCUGUGUCAAUCUGUCUCCUCAUGAGAUCGAAACGAUAAGCGAGUACCACUGUCCAGACUGUGCCCCUAAACACGGCCCGUCGGUGCUCAAACGGAAAUCAAGCCGGUCGCGCAAGAAAAUUGACUACAUUGCACUGAACGAGGGUCAGCAGCUUCGCGAAAUUGACAAACAUCCGCACAUUGACAACUUCAAAAUGUUCGAAAACGAUAGACCCCUGGAAAAUCUGAUAUACGUUGUUCGUCCAGAGGUGGAUGGCAACGAAAGCGGAUUAGUCACGGAUAGCAAACUCACGCAGAUAAUUUUUGAGACGCAAUUGAAGCGGCCCAUUCUUGUUCCAGCAUGCAACCCAGCUCUCCCAAACUACAAGAACUGCUACGAUCUCACCUUCAAUUUUCCUAAAAUGACAGUCGACCAAAUCGCGGAGGAGGUGGGACUGGACAAGGAGUUGCCGGUGAUGGAUGUGCUUACGCAAAACAACUCGCCCAAUUGGACGCUGGGAAAGUGGAGAGAUUACUUCAAACUUAAAGCUCAAGAUAGAGAUCGGAUACGCAACGUGAUCAGCUUGGAGGUGUCGCAAACCAAAUUGAACGACAAAAUAGAAUUGCCCAAAUCAGUGCUGGACAUCGACGUUGUGAACAAGAUCUUUUUGGCUUGCAAGUCAGAGCUGGAAGCGCACGGGAUCGAGAAACCCAAAGUCAGUAAAUAUAUCCUCAUGUCUGUCAAAGACUCGUUUACCGACUUCCAUGUGGAUUUUGGGGGGACUUCUGUGUACUACACUAUAUUGCAGGGCCACAAACAGUUUCUAAUGUUCCCACCUACGAAGAGGAACCUUGCAGCAUACGAGAAAUGGUGCUUGUCGGAUGACCAAAAUUCAUUUUGGUUUGGUGAUCUCGUCCCCCCAACAAAACCAGGUAAAGAGCCUAUCGAUCCGGCCUACAUGAACAACGGGGUGAAAAUUGAUAUCGACGCGGGCGACCUGCUUAUUCUCCCCUCUGGCUGGAUCCAUUCAGUCUAUACGCCGUGCGACUCCGUCAUUGUGGGUGGUAAUUUCCUCAACAUGCUGAGCCUGAAAAAUCAUUUGGAGGUUUACAAAAUUGAGAUCGACACCAAGGUGCCUGAAAAAUUCAAAUUUCCCAACUUCAUCAAAGUCAUCUGGCUUAUUGGCUGGUUCGUGAUGAAAAACAACAACUUGACAGAGUUUGAGCUGGAGUGUCUCUCAAGCCUUAUUCCAUUUUACAAGAGUCAGCUCCAAGAUAUCGAGAACAUCGACACAGCAGACAAAUACCAUAAGCGUAUUAUCAACAGGAUAAAGAACUCCCUACCAACAAGCGUGAUCGGCAAACCUGCAGAUUUCGUAGCUGAAUUUGAGCGCUGGUACUUUUUACAAACAAAAAAACGCAAGUACGACGAUAUGUAA